AUGAUAGGUGCGCGCUUGUUGCAAAACGUUUGUUCGGCGCUCACUCUCAACAUACAUAAACGCUACUUGUGGACGGACUCCAGUACAGUUCUGGCGUGGCUUCGCUCGGACAGUCACCGAUAUCACCAGUUCGUCUCAUUCCGAGUCGGCGAAAUUCUUUCACUCACCAGCGUAGAUGAGUGGUACCACGUACCUUCGAAGCUCAACGUAGCGGAUGAUGCCACCAAGUGGAAUUCAGGACCAUCGUUUGAUCCGAAUAGUCGCUGGUUUCAAGGCGGGUUCCUACGAAAUGCGAAAGACCAGUGGCCAAAGCAAUCGAACAAGGUAGAUGAAGUUGAUGCGUCAAUCGAAGAAAUACAAAUGGUAGCUGUACAUCUGACGUCGGAGGAGAUCGUAGACAUCAAACGCUUUUCAAAUUGGUAUCAUUUAGUUCGAACGAUGGCCUACGUUCUUCGGGCGAUAAGAAGCUGGAAGCAGAUUGGGAAUAGUAAACACCGAAGACAAAAUCCAGAUCAAGAGGAUUUCGUGAAGGCAGAAGAAACCCUUUGGCGUCAGGCUCAAUCGCAGGCAUGCAGCGAAGAGAUUCGUCAUGGCAGUGUUGACAAACGGAGCUCACUGCGUUCGCUGCUCCCAUUUUCCGACGAGCACGGAGUCAUGCGGGUACGAGGUCGGAUUGGAAACGCGCCGCAUAUUCCGUUCACGGCAAAGUAUUCCGUAGUAUUGCUGAGGGAACAUCGCAUAACUUUUCUUCUUGUGCAUUACUACCACCAACGGUUCCUUCACGCCAACGGAGAAACUGUGUACAACGAGCUACGCCAGAAGUUUUACAUUCCGAAGCUUCGAACGCUCAUACGCAAAGUUGGCAGGAGUUGUCAGUACUGUAAGGUACAGAAAGCUGUUCCAGUGCCGCCGCAGAUGGCGCCACUUCCGAAGGAACGCCUAACCCCAUUCGUCCGGCCGUUCACGUACGUUGGCGUUGACUACUUGGGGCCCUUCGAAGUCAAAGUCGGCCGCAGUCUGGUGAAAAGAUGGAUCUGCUUGUUUACCUGUCUUACGGUACGGGCGGUUCAUCUGGAGCUAGCACACAGUCUUUCAACAUCGUCCUGCAGUAUGGCCUUUAGGAGAUUCGUGGCCCGACGGGGUGCGCCGCUGGAGGUUUUCUCCGAUAAUGGCACUAACUUUGUCGGAGCCAAUCGGCAGCUGUCGGAAGAAAAACUGAAACUUCAAGAGAUCGUCGUAGACUGCGCCAAUACAUUCACCAACGCGCACACACAGUGGCACUUCAACGUUCCAGCAGCCCCGCACAUGGGAGGACCCUGGAAGCGCAUAAUCAGAUCAAUAAUGGUCGCGAUGAAAGCUGUUUCUGAUAGUCCACGCCAUCCUAGCGACGAAGUAUUGGAAUCGAUCAUGCUAGAAGCUGAAGGCAUUGUGAACACGCGACCGUUAACCUAUGUUCCCCUGGAAGCUGCAGAUCAGGAGGCACUCACACCAAACCACUUUCUGCUAUAUGGCUCGAACGGAGUCAAGCAGCCUGCAAGCGUACCUGUGAUGACAGGAAACAUUCUUCGGGACAAUUGGAAGUUGGCCCUGCACAUCGGAAACGAAUUCUGGCGAAGGUGGAUCCGGGAAUAUCUCCCAAUGUUAACACGGCGGGCGAAAUGGUUCGAUACAGUGAAGCCCCUGGAACCUGGCGAUCUAGUCGUCAUAGUCGACGAACAUGCGAGGAACCGCUGGGAACGAGGACGCAUCCUGGAAACCUUCCCGGAUAAGUCCGGACAGGUGAGACGCGCAACAGUACAGACUAAUAGAGGUGUUUUCAAGAGACCUGCUGUAAAGCUCGCUGUUCUGGACGUCGUAAGCUGUAACCAGAAGUUGGAGGAAGCCGCUGCGGGACCGGCAAUGGUUCACGGGUCGGGAAUGUCGCCGAUACCCCUUGUUGCGGCGCGUCACUGGUGA